GGGGCGGUGCUUGGGGCAAGGGGCGGGCAGGAGGCGAAGCGCUGCGGGCAGGAGCUCGCCCGGAGCCGCGGUACCGGCAUCUGGUACCGGCAACCAGCAGGGGAGGAUGUUCUCCUCGGUGAAGCCCUACGAGAACCAGCGCUACGCCUCCUUGAAGAAGGAGUGUCAGAGGCAGAAGCAGCUCUUUGAGGACCCCCUUUUCCCUGCCAAUGACAACUCACUCUUCUACAAGUCAAGGAUUCAGGGCAUCCAGUGGAAGAGGCCAAAAGAAAUCUGUGAUGAUCCACAUCUCUUUGUGGAUGGGAUCAGCUCUCAUGACUUACACCAGGGCCAGGUUGGAAACUGCUGGUUCGUGGCUGCCUGCUCCUCCUUGGCAUCCCGGGAAUCUCUGUGGCAGAAGGUUAUCCCAGACUGGAAGGAGCAGGAGUGGAAUUCUGAGAAACCUGAGAACUAUGCUGGGAUCUUCCACUUCCAGUUCUGGCGUUUUGGGCAGUGGUUGGAUGUGGUGAUAGAUGACCGCCUGCCCACACUGCACAACCAGCUCAUCUACUGCCACUCCAACUCCAAGAAUGAGUUCUGGUGUGCCUUGGUGGAGAAAGCUUAUGCCAAGUUGUCAGGCUGUUACGAGGCCCUGGAUGGAGGUAACACUGCUGAUGCCCUGGUGGACUUUACUGGCGGGGUCUCCGAACCUAUUGACCUGACUGAAGGGGACUACAUUGCUGAUGAAGCCAAGAGAAACCUCCUCUUUGAGCGUGUGUUGAAGGUGCACAACCGAGGAGGCCUCAUCAGCUGCUCCAUCAAAGCCAUGUCAGCAGCAGACAUGGAGGCCCGGCUGGCCUGCGGGCUGGUGAAGGGCCACGCGUACGCGGUGACCGACGUGCGGAAAGUGCGCCUGGGCCACGGGCUGCUCUCCUUCUUCAAGGCAGAGAAGUUGGACAUGAUCCGGAUGCGCAACCCCUGGGGUGAGCGGGAGUGGAACGGCCCUUGGAGUGACACCUCUGAGGAGUGGCAGAAAGUGAGUAAAAGUGAAAGAGAAAAGAUGGGGAUGACGGUGGAAGAUGAUGGAGAGUUCUGGAUGACCUUUGAAGAUUUCUGCAAAUACUUCACAGACAUCAUCAAGUGCCGUCUCAUCAACACAUCCUACCUGAGCAUCCACAAAACUUGGGAGGAGGCAGUGCUACAUGGGGCAUGGACCAGAAGUAAUGACCCCUUGAAGAACCGUUCUGGAGGCUGUAUCAACCACAAGGACACCUUUUUGCAGAACCCCCAAUAUGUAUUUGAUGUGAAGAAGGCAGAAGAUGAGGUGCUGAUCUCCAUCCAGCAGAAGCCAAAAAGGACCAGUCGCAAGGAGGGCAAAGGAGAGAACCUGGCUAUAGGCUUUGAUAUCCAUAAGGUGGAGCUGAACAGGAACUACAGGAUGCACACCCUGCAGCAGAAGGUGGCCAGCUCCAUCUACAUCAACUCCCGCAGUGUCUUCCUGAGGACAGACCUGAAGGAAGGUCGCUACGUCAUCAUCCCCACCACUUUUGACCCUGGCCAUGUAGGAGAGUUCCUUCUCAGAGUUUUCACUGAUGUGCCUUCAGAUUGCAGAGAGCUGACACUGGAUGAGCCACCACACACCUGCUGGACAGGGAUGUGUGGUUACCCACAAGUGGUGUCCCAGAUCCACGUCCUCGCUGCAGCUGGGCUCAAGAAUCAGGAUUCCCAAGGAGGAGCUGACCCUUAUGUGAUCAUAAAGUGUGAAGGGCAGAAGGUUCGCUCUGCAGUGCAGAAGAACACAGUGUCCCCAGAAUUUGACACAAAAGGGCUCUUCUACCGCAAGAAGCCAGGACAACCCAUCAUUGUUCAGAUCUGGAACCACAGCUUAAUAAGUGAUGAGUUUUUGGGCCAAGUGGUGCUGCAGGGGGAUCCCAGCGACCGUCAGUCAGUGCACACACUGCACCUCCAGGACAAGGGGAACAGAAGAUCAAAUGAUCUCCCUGGAACCAUUGCUGUGAGGCUGCUCAGCAGCAACACCCUCACCAACAUCUAAGAGUACUCAAGGACUCUUCUCCUGGUGCCACCUAUGUGUAUAAUAGACACCCACACAUCCCUACAUAUAUAUAUACAUCCCCACACAGAGCCUACCUACCAUCUGCAGAUCAUAUAUGGACUAUGCAUGAAUUCCACUCAAAAGGAGCCAAUCUUGUGUUUUCCAACGUUCCAAAAUGGUGCCUUUUUUGGGGGGGAACCUCAACAAUCCUUCUGCUGGCAUCCCCUGCAACCUCCAUCAUUGCCACCACGGGCCCCGUGGGAUCGCUGUGGGCACCCUGUGUGUCCUGACAGCCAGAGCAGGAUGAUGCCCUGGUGCUCUUUGUUUACACGGGCUGGCACAGAUGUGCCACCACGCACACGUGUGGCCACCGUGGUCUCAUCAGCUGCUUCAACCCACGUUCAAUGUGUCUGCUUGGUUCUGGAGUAGCAUCCGUGGAGUCAUCUCCUGUGAAACUGCCAUUUAAUUGCUUCUCUGGGGAGGCACCUCAGGAAAGGAGAAGUGGG